GUGCAACAGAUGAGUUUCCCAACCUUCAACGGGUGAUGAAAUUUGCGGCGUGACGUGCCUAAGGGAAGUAGAUAGCAAAGCUGGUUGACUUGAUAAAAGUUGGGGGUGGUUUCAUCAUCACUGUUAGUACGCUGGAGUGCUCUGGUACCCUGCAGGUCCGCGAUGAACUACCCUUAUGAUUGCAUGAUGAUGUGUGAGCACACAAAUUUUCUGAAGGACCAGAUUGCUGCAAGUGGAAGGGGUUGUGCCGCGGUGUGCGGCUGGUGAGAAGACAACUUGGAGCUGUUACACUCGAGCUACAGACUCGUAUCUGGGAUUCCUCAAUAACUAUCAGUUGGGGCGAAGAAACUGUUGCUCUGGAUCUGGUUGGGGGAGGCCAGAUUCGUGUGGUUUGAUCGGUUGGCCCGAUGGGUAAGAAGAGGCUCAGUUAUCGCUAGUAUAGACUUCGUUUUUAAUUCUGAUUCUCCGUGACCAGAUCGUGUUCUUGAGUUGCGAGUUGAAAAGUUUAUUUUGGAAAACAUUCAAACGAUUCAUCAUUUACGAACCCGAAACACAGGAAUAUUCUCCUUUCUCGAUCACACUGGUUUCAUUUUUCGCCGGAUAAUUCUACGGGGCCCACUGGAAAUCGGAGCAAGGGUCCACCAGGAGGAUGCUCGCCGUCUUCGUUGGCGUGCCCACGGUCUCAGCUGGGUCUUGUAUAGCUCUGGAAGCAUUCCUCAUCAAACUAUUCCUCUCUCAACUCACAUAUUGUUCUGGAUGUUGAGAUUUUGUUUUUUUUUUGGCUUUUUUUGGUUUCCCUCCUUUCUGCACUUGGCCAGUUUGGGAGGGUUUGACGUAGAGCCGACCAGUCGAAACCGUGGAACUCCCUAUCCCAACACAUCUUCUCGUCGUUGUGGUCGCGGAAUCCCCGCGUUGGGUGAUGUAAGUGGAAGUCGGCGUAGCAUUUCAUGCCGCGAGAGAAUGAUGGGAUGAUGCGGUGGCUGUUUGUUUGAUCAAGAUAAACAUGGAGGUGGGAACUGCCGGAACUCAUGUCAACGCUGUCUAGAUAUUUAUAGUCGGUAAGGGCCAAGCGUGCGUGUGUGCACUUUGUCGAGGAUUCUGCCAGGAAUUUGGAGAGCGGUCGUCGCGUGCUUAGUGGGUUACAGUAGUGUACACUUAGUGUGUGUGUGUGAGAGAGAGAGAGACACACACACAGCGAGAGUAACUGGAGUGACCUGGGAGUUUUAAAGUUUUUGGGUUCGGCUGGCGGUGCAUUCAAAGAGGGGAUUGUAGCAGCGGCAGAGAUGGGGAGGGUUAAGUUGGAGAUAAAAAAGAUCGAGAACCCGACUAACCGACAGGUGACAUUCUCGAAGAGACGCAACGGCCUCAUCAAGAAGGCGUAUGAGUUGUCAGUGCUAUGCGAUAUUGACUUAGCGCUCAUCAUGUUCUCGCCGUCUGGCAAGCUCACGCAGUAUUGCAAUUGCAGCAUUGAAGAAGUCAUCGCCAGAUUUGCCAAUUUGCCCAUGCACGAGCGGAACAAGAGUUUUGAGGAUAUGUUGGCACGCUUUUCGAACAAUCACAUGCACCAUGACCGCAGCAAAUACAAUAGGAAGGUUGAAAACUUGGAGCAGCUGCAAAGGGCGUUGAAAAAGCUCGCAGAAGAACAUGGUCUUGCCGCUAGUCAAGAUCAUUUGUCUGGAAGUAAAUCAACGUAUGAAAUCGAGUUAUUGCAACAGGAGUUAAAGAAAGCACAACAAGAGAAGGAAUUGGUGCAACAGAGAGCAAGGUUGUACUUGGCUGAUGAGCAGCUUUUGCAAGGUGUUACCUCCGUUCCGCAGCUUGCUAAUAUGGAAAGCGAAUUAGAGCAGGCACUUGAGCGUGUGCGGGCGAGAAAGAAUUAUGUGAGCAGUGCUUACCAGAAUGUAAUACAACGGCAGCAACAUGAAUUUCUUGGGAAUAGUUUGCAGAUGAUGGCACUGAGACAGCAGCAAUCGCAGCAAGCGCAGCAACAGCAGGCAGGCAUGACACCAUCACAGGUACCAUACAUGCACUGGACGAUGCAACAAGAGCGCCCAGAACCUACACCCCAAGAUUUUAUGGAACAGCAAACGAAUCCAGCUGCUCCACUCAUGCAUGCAUCGCUCAACAGAGAGCCAGGAAGUAACGGUGAAUCAAAUCCAGGUGUGGGAUAUUUCCCAUCUGGACCACAACCAUCGAACAUGGAAACACUGCGGCAAAUUGGGAUGGGGGGUGUCAGUCGAGGAUUGACAAUGCACGAGAUGUCGCUGGAACAGCCGAAUGUGGCCCAGUACAGUGAGGAGCAGAAAAAAGCGAAGGUUGAAGCCAGCAUGGGCUUUGUUACCUCAACCAGUGCGGGUCCGGUUGGCGCUGAAGCAGUGUCAAAGACUAAUUUUUCUCGAGAGCAACAACCUGAACAGGCUCAUGGCACCGUCAGCGCUUCAGAGUGGCCGCCACACCCGGCGAACCAUCACCCUCAUGCGUACGGUAACGGCAGUCUAUUCUUCAGCCAGAAUGAACACCAUGCAUGGAAGUAAGUUGCGUGGACUUGCAAUCUUUUUAGUUUUAGACACGUAGUUGAAGAAGCAGCUUCAUAUGGGAUACAGACGGCUCAUCCAAGUCAAACCACUUCGGUGUCAACUACUCAGUCGGCUGUAUCAAUUUGUGGACAAGAGAUGAUAUCAGUGAACUUUCGAGUGACGCUCGUGGGAUCAUGAAUCUGACCACUGGUGGAAGUUUUGUGAUCUUGGCGCUGUGCUACGUAGAGCAGCUAUCACCCAUGUGUGUUCGUUGUACCCCACCUCUGAAGAAAAACAAAAAAGCAAAAACAAAAAAUACAAAAAAACAACCCAUUUCAUCUACGUCACGCGUUCCGCCUAGUCAAGCAUUUGGAUCAGCGCCAGUGGUUCAGCAAACAGGUUGCACAUUUUCCAUGGUGCUUUAAGAGGUGGCCCCGCAUUCAGAGGAUAGUAUGACUCUAAAGCUAUAUUGUAGUCCAUGGCAAUCCAUUCCGGUGUAGAAGUGGGCUCGUCAGUUGCGAAUACGUACCACCUUUAGAUUCCCUUCUUGCAAUUUUUCAGCAAGUAGGUUGUACCAUGCUUAGUGUGACUGUUCCUCGUCGUGUAAUCAAGACACUGACUGUUGGGGUAGUCUUGGCAUGACAUUGUCCAGUCAAAUGAUUCUUUAAUAUUUUCAUUAGUUUGCAGAAAGCUUAGUGGAUGUGGGUGGACGGACGAAUCUGUUUUCUUUCACAUGGUGAACCACAAUGACUGCAUAAUCCUCGCAAAAGUCCAAAUGGGUGCUAUAGAAAAGUCUUACCAUUUCCUCUGUUCCACUCAUCGAAGGUAUUACAACCUGGCAGAGCACCAAGCGUAAAUCCUUGAUUAUAAGGGAAUUCAAGUGAAUCAUCCAUAACGAUACCCACCUAGCUCCAUUGUUCAAGGUUGCCAGACCUAGAUGUAAUACCCCAGGGACAUUCAUUGGUGUAUACUUUUAUGGGAACUGGCAAUCAUGCUAACUCUCCAGCUUCUGGCAACCAUCCUCAACUUUCUUGCAAGCUGAGACUUCACAAGUUUCGUCGAUGAGCGGUGAGCAUUUCCAUCAAAGCAGUUCUUGUCUAUACAUGCUUUAGUAGAUUAGAGAGAUGGUUCGGUUGUGUGAAAAUGUUUUUUUUUAAAUGCAAAAAUCUUCAAUGUUCUCAA